UAUUGUAAUAAAAAUACUUUUGGCCUUUAUAUGUUAAUUGAAUAACUCACAAACAUCUAAAUUACUAAAUAGUUUUCCAAAAUUCAACAAAAUGCCUUCUAACAGCAAAAAGAUAAGAAACGUUCUCUCAGAAGCCUCAAAAAACACAAUAAUAUCUAUGGACUUAACAAAGAAUACCUCUUCAAAUGACAAUAAUUAUGAUAUUAUACAGCAAAUUCUAGAGAAUGUUAAAAUUAUUAAGAAACAAGUUAAGAUUUUAGAGAGUAAUGUACACGUUCUUAAGCUAAAAAUGGCUGAGGCUUCAAAAAAAAAGCAAAAACAGAAGAUCCGAAUACAAGUACCAGCUACUAAUAUAGCAAUGAUGAAUGAAGUGAAACGUAAUAUUAAACAUAGACCACCUAUCCCAAAUGCUCUUUUAAAGACAGUGAUCGAAAAGUAUGACCAAAAAAUUAAACUUUCUGAAGAUCAGUCAUAUAAGAGGAAAAGUUCAAAGAAUAAGAAGUUAAUUAGUUCUUCCUUCAAAAUUGACAAUAACGCAUUCCCACCAUCGAGAGUUAUUACAGUUGCGGAAAAAGUAGCAAGACCCCAACACAUGAUGAAUAAAUCGGUUCAUUUUAAAGGGGCUUAAACAUCAUUUAAAAAA